CUUCACAUGUGUGUGAAAUUACUCAGAACCGGCCUGUUUCGCUUUCAAUUCGCUUUAAGGCAGCCACAAAAAAAGGCAUCUAGCCAUAUUAAUCCCAACUUGACCGCUUAUUAAAUCCAAUCCUAAGUAAGUGGACUAUCAAUUUGGCCUGGCAUUCCGCGCGUUUAUCCGACAGGUGGGGAAGGUUCGCAAGCAGACGAGACAAAGGUGAAUCGUAAAGCAACAGCGAAAAAAUUGCUCUCGGACAAUUGUCAAAAAUUACGCAAAUUCCCACACACACAGACAGGCAGAAGCACACAUAUUAACAUCCCCCGUCCGCCUGGCCUCUUCGAGACGUCUGCACGAAAUAGAAAGUAAUAAAAAAACACAAAAAAAACGCAAAAUGACUUCCGACAUAACGCUGCAAUUGAUUGCUAUUUUGGAGAAGACAGUGUCGCCAGACAAAAAUGAACUACUGUCGGCGAAAAACUUUUUGGAGCAGGCAGCGGCCAGCAAUCUGCCGGAGUUCCUUAAGGCGCUGUCCGAGAUUCUGGUCAAUACGACAAACAGCGCCGUGGCACGCAUGGCCGCCGGUCUGCAGCUCAAGAAUCACCUAACCAGCAAGGACGAGAAUGUGCGGCAACAGCAUCAGGAGCGUUGGCAUCAGUUCCCCAACGAGAUCCGUGAACUAAUCAAGAAUAAUAUUCUCAAUGCUUUGGGUACGGAGAACACGCGUCCAUCAUGCGCCGCUCAGUGCGUGGCCUAUGUGGCGGUCAUCGAGUUGCCCAUCAAUCGCUGGCCCAUGGUCAUUCAGACCCUGGUGAACAAGGUGGUCAGCGAGGGAUCCAGCGAAAUGCACCGCGAGUCAGCCCUGGAGGCAAUUGGCUACAUUUGCCAGGACAUACGCUAUGGCGUCAUGGAGAAUCAAUCGAAUCAGGUGCUCACGGCCAUCAUUCAUGGCAUGCGAAAGGUGGAGCCCAGCAAUCAUGUUCGUCUGGCUGCCACCACAGCCCUGCACAACUCACUGGAGUUCACCAAGGCCAAUUUUGAGAAGGAUUUGGAGCGCAACUUCAUCAUGGAGGUGGUGUGCGAGGCCACCCAGUCCACGGACACACAGAUCUGUGUGGCCGCUCUUCAGUGUCUGGUGAAGAUUAUGACGCUGUACUAUCAGUUCAUGGAGCCCUACAUGGCUCAGGCUCUGUUCCCCAUUACACUGGAGGCCAUGAAGGCGGAAAAUGAUGCCGUUGCCCUGCAGGGCAUUGAAUUCUGGUCGAAUGUUUGCGAUGAGGAGAUUGAUUUGGCCAUCGAGAGCCAGGAGGCCACCGAUCAGGGACGUGCCCCAGCGCGUGUGUCCAAGCAUUAUGCCCGCGGUGCGCUGCAGUUCCUGACGCCCGUGCUGGUCGAUAAGCUAACCAAACAGGAUGAGUGCGAUGAUGAGGAUACCUGGAGUCCGGCCAAGGCCUCAUCCGUGUGCCUAAUGGUGCUGGCCACCUGUUGCGAGGAUGAGAUAGUGCCCCAUGUCUUGCCAUUCAUCAAGGAGAACAUUGAGUCGCCCAACUGGCGUUUCCGCGAUGCUGCUGUCAUGACAUUUGGCUCGGUGCUCAAUGGACUGGAACCGAACACGCUGAAGCCGCUGGUGGAGCAGGCCAUGCCCACAUUAAUACGUUUGAUGUACGAUUCGAGUGUCAUUGUGCGCGACACCACAGCCUGGACCUUUGGACGCAUUUGCGAUAUCAUUCCUGAGGCAGCCAUCGAUAAGACAUAUCUGCAGCCGUUGCUCGAGUGCUUUGUGAAGAGCUUAAAGUCGGAGCCGCGUGUCGCUGCCAAUGUGUGCUGGGCAUUCAUUGGUCUCUCCGAUGCUGCCUAUGAUGCCGCCUCCACUGGCGAGCGUGAGACACCCGAGACGUACGCACUGUCGCCGUACUUUGAGUUUAUCAUCACUCAGCUGCUGGAGACCACCGAUCGUUCGGAUGGUGCACAGGCCAAUUUGCGUGGCGCUGCCUACGAGGCACUCAUGGAUAUGAUCAAGAAUUCGCCACUCGAUUGCUAUCUGGUGGUGCAGCGCACCACAAUUGUUAUCCUGGAGCGCUUGAACCAGGUCAUGCAGAUGGAGUCGCACAUCAGCAAUCACAGCGAUCGUCAUCAGUUCAACGAUCUGCAGUCGCUGCUGUGUGCCACGCUGCAGAGUGUGUUGCGCAAGGUGCACGAACAGGAUGCCCCACAGAUAUCCGAUGCCAUUAUGAGUGCUCUGCUUACAAUGUUCAAUUCGAGUGCUGGCAAAUCGGGCGGUGUGCAGGAGGAUGCCUUUCUGGCUGUCUCCACACUGGUGGAGCUCUUGGGCGUACAGUUUGCCAAGUACAUGCCGGCCUUCAAGGAUGUGCUGAUCAUGGGCCUGAAGAACCAUCAGGAGUAUCAGGUCUGCUGUGCCACUGUCGGCUUAACCGGAGACAUUUGCCGCGCACUCAAGGAGCAAAUGGUGCCGUACUGCGAUGAGAUUAUGUCUGUUAUGAUGACCAAUUUGGCAGAGCCCACUCUACAUCGCACCGUCAAGCCGCAAAUACUUUCGGCCUUUGGCGAUAUGGCGCUCAGUAUUGGCAGUCAUUUCUUGAAGUAUUUGAGCGUGGUGCUUGAGAUGCUGCGUGCCGCUUCCAAUUUGCAGACGGAUGCCAGCAACUUUGACAUGAACGAAUACAUUGCCGAGCUGCGCGAGAGCGUGCUGGAGGCUUACACUGGCAUCAUUCAGGGUCUCAAGGGACUCGAUCAAACUGCCCAUCCCGAUGUGAUGCACAUGGAACCGCAUCUUAUGCACAUCAUUGGCUUCAUAAAGCGCAUUGCACAGGAUGGUGAAGUCUCCGAUUCGAUGAUGGCCAGUGCUGCUGGAUUCAUAGGCGAUUUGUGCACUUCAUUUGGGCCACGUCUCCACUCACUGUUGGACGAUGUUGUCAUUACACAAUUCCUGUCCGAGGGUAAGCGUUCAAAGGGUCAGCGCACGAAAAUGUUAUGCUCGUGGGCCAUCAAGGAGAUCAAGAAGAUCAAUAGCCAGAGCAUAACGCAGUGAAAAUCUAACCAGAGGUUAAUGUUUCCUCCAUACCAAAAUCCUCCCUACAAUGAGUGAAUGUUUAAUACAGCCGCUGUCCGGUCCGAAAAAUCUCUCUCUGAUUCUAUUUGCUAAGUUUUGUUUGUCCGAUUUAUACAUAUAUUGUUGCUGUGCAACGUGUAAAUGCUAAGACACAUUGUUUAUAAAACUAAAAAUUAAUUUUAAGUUGAAAGAAAAUGGUUCCCCCAACCCAAACAGACUGCCCAUUGACCUACCCAACCCUUCUAUUAAUCUAUUAUCUAUUAUGGCCAGAAGCAAAUUAUGACAAUUAUGAUUUAUGGGCAGACUGUUUGGCAUGGCUGCUGUUGUACCCCCAACUCCCGAUUUUAAUCAGAUAUCAGAAGUUUGUUCAACGAAAUUAUGUCAAACCCUAAUCUAAGUGUGUGGAAAAUCGGUUAAAAAACACAUUAAAUGCAUUACAAAAUUCCCUGGAAACAUUAACUUGUAGUUAGCUGCUAUAAAAAACGAAACCCUAGUUUAUAAGACGUAAUUAUACCUAUCCUUAUAUGUAAUCUAAACAAAACAUAAAACAACCUAGAAAAAACUAAAAAUUACAAAAAAAAAUGCGUGUGAGAUGAUAUGUGAGCUAAUGAUGAUGAUAAUGCAACUGAAUCUGAUGUACGAUUAUGCUAAAAUGAAUGACAAAUGAUGAAGAUGAUUAUAUGACUGCAAUCGAGAGAGCGUAUGUAUUUGUCUACUUACAAGUCUGAGUGCCUGCCAGUGUGCGCGAGUCUGACAAACUGCCUUAAACCACUUUCCCCCAAAAGGAAUCCCCAAAUUAUCAUAUUUCUAGUGUGAAUCUGUGAUUGGAUGCCCGUGUGAGAGCAAAUGAAUUUUGUGUGUUGAGUUUGGAUGAUGUUAAUCUGCUUCCUCCUUCUCCUGCCCCUCACAUUUUCGUUUGGCGCGCGUGUGUGAUAUUAAAUGAUUAAGCGUAAGAAUUUUUCUAGUGAAUGAAUAUAGUUGUAAGCAAAACCAAAACAAGAAAAAAGA